AUAACAUCAUAAAGAUGCUGCUACAACCAAAGCCAGAGUAUGAAGCCAAUGUUUCUGUCAUCCCCAUAGUUGGAUUACCAGGAGUAGGAAAGUCAACUUUGGCCAAGUAUGUGUAUGAUGAUGUAAAGGUUGAUAAUCAUUUUGACCUAAAAAUCUGGAUCCGGGCAUCGCAGAUCACUGAGGAAGAAAUCAUUCAAGAAAUUGUCGAGUCUUGUACUAACAGCAAGUCUGUCGAUAAAAGAUUUUCUACACGAGCUAGCACUUCCCAUUCCCGAUUUUGGGAUGUUUUAGGAUGCCAAAGCAUUGAUGGGUCUAUAACUCUUCCGGGUGACGGUACGAGUAAGAGCGAAGCUGACAUCUCCAAAAACCGACUUCGGAAAGAGAUCAAAGGAAAACUGUUUUUACUCAUCCUAGAUGAUGCCUGUAUCAUAACUUGGCAGCGCUUGAAAAACUUGUUAGCUGGAGGAGCAAGAGGAAGUCAUAUUUUAGUGACUACACGGUCUAGAGAGGUAGCAGAUCUUUCAAAAACUGAAAGUGUUAAUGUCUACCAAUUACAAGGCCUAAAUGAUGAACACUCUGAGUCAUUGUUCAGAACAUUUGCAUUCGGACAACAAAGUCAAAGUGAACACGAACAGAAAAUUGGGAAUUCAAUUGCUAAAAUUUGCAAAGGUAACCCACUUACUAUAAAGGUAGCAGCAAGUCUUCUAUAUGCGAAAAAUGAAGACUAUUUAUGCUCUUUCAAUGAUGCCAUUCCUGGUGAGGAACAUGACGAACAUAUCAUGAAGCAUGUCUUAAAUUUCAGCUUCACUGAACUUCCAACUCGCCUCAAGGUUUGUUUAGGUUAUUGUUCCUUGUUUCCAGAAAAUCAUAUUUUUAACAAGCACGAUCUCAUCAGUCUCUGGACAGCACAAGGGUUUGUUGAACAACAGCAGGGCAAGAUUCUCGAGGAAACUUCAGAGAAGUACUUUCUAGAAUUGUCUCGGCGCUGCUUUUUUGAGGAUGUGAGCACGGAUGACUUGGGGAACAUUAUGAACUGUAAGAUGCAUCCCAUUAUUCAUAGCCUGGCAAGUCAACAUGCAGUUGGGGUGGUGAAUAUGAAUGGGCCAGAUUCAAGUGCCAACCAAGUUCUGGAUUCAGAAUGCAAACAUGUUUCAUUCACCUACGCUAAAGAUCCUCAAAAUAUAGCCUCAUCUAAAACGCAUGCUCAAAAUCUACGCACACUAAUUUCAGUCAAGGAACCAGAUUGUGACACAGUGAUGGCUAUGUCGGUGUGUGAUUUGUUGCUAUACAGUUUCAAAAGCCUUAGGGUUCUAGACUUCCAUAGUCAAGGCAUAAAAGAAAUACCUGUUUCCAUUGGUAAGUUAAUCCAUCUGAGAUAUCUUGAUCUCUCUGAGAAUAAUAUCGUCACUCUUCCAAAGUCUAUCACAGAACUGCACAACUUGCAAACACUGAAACUUAAUGCAUGCAUGAAGUUGGAAAAAUUACCUGGUAACUUCGGAGAACUAGUCAAUCUUAAACGUUUCGAAGUAGACGAGUGCAAUAGCCUGACUAGCAUGCCCCUUGGACUAGAGAAACUAAGUCAGCUUGUGACGCUAAGUAGAUUCAUAGUCAACAAAAACUGUUCCACAGAACUACAAGUUCUCAGCAUGCUGACCAGCUUGAGAGGGAGGCUGGCAAUCGAGUUGUCUGGAGAAUGGGCAACUAAUAUACCUAGCAAACAACUGGCCGAGUUAGACAGGAAGGUGCAUUUAGAGAAAUUAAAGAUAAGCUGGGCAAAAACAGAGUCUAAAAAAUCAGACUACCAGCAGCUUCUUGAGCAGCUCCAACCAAAUUCAAACCUGAAAAGCCUUUGGAUAGAAGGGUAUAAAGGAGAUUACCUUCCAAAAUGGGCAGAAAGGGAUAUGUUGACUUCUCUACCAAACUUAGUGGUUAUCAGCAUCGAGGGGUGUGAAAAAUGCAAGUAUCUCCCACCAUUUGGUGCACUUACAUCUCUCAGGCGACUCACACUAAGACACAUGCCUAACGUUCAAUAUGUAGAAAGGGAAACUACAUCAGAAUCACUAGCAAGUGACAGUCAAGAAAACACUACAGAAUGCACAAUAUUCUACCCGCAACUAGAAGAACUUACCCUUCACAACUUCUACAAGCUGGAAGGAUGGCGGAAAGAAGUGAUGAUUACUUCACAGAAACAAGAAGUGAUUCGAGUGUUCAAACGUCUUACCAAAUUAAGGUUAUGGAACUGCCCAAAUCUAAAGUCAAUGCCUCUGUUUUUUGAAGUUUUAGACCUUGAUUUACGCAACGUCAAUCAAAAGCUGCUGGAAGAAUGUGCCAAGAAGACAUCUACUGCCAUUCGACAGCAGCCCAAGAACAAGUCUAGAAUCGAACAACUGCAGAUUAAAGGAUGCUGUGACCUGAAAAGCUUCGAAGUAGUCAGAAAGGGGCUAGGAAGUCUUCCUGACCUGAAACAGCUUGUGAUAGAGAGGUGUGAUUCGUUACUUUCACUGGCUCCAGAGCUAAAAUACCUCUCUUCCCUAGAGAGGUUGGAGAUCUCCAGUUGCAAAAAACUCAAUCUUUCUGACAAAGAUAAUAGUGGAACAGGCAAGAGUAGUAGCAAGUCAUGGAUAUCACGUAGCAUCUGGAAGAGUCCAUGGACUUCAUUGAAACUCCUUCUCCAUUUGACCCUAUGUGAACUCCCAAAGAUGGAGACUCUCCCUGACGGGCUGCAGCUGGUUCAAAGUAUCAGAUCACUAUGGAUAAUAUCCUGCCCUGUCUUGAGAGAGCUGCCAGAUUGGAUCAACAGCCUGACAGCACUUCAGCACCUCCGUAUCAACAACUGCCAGGGUGUAAAAAGCCUGCCAGAAGGGAUCAAGGAAAUCAAAUCCCUGGUGAAACUCGAGAUUACUGAAUGUCCAGAUUUAAUGAAACGUUGUAAAGUACACACAGGGGAAGACUGGCAUAAAAUCAAGCAUGCUUGGGUUUUGCUUCACAAGUCAUGGCGUUAUGGACUUAUGUCAGAGCAAGGAAACUCCCAGAAAAGAUCUGUUGUCCGAGAAACUACUGACGUUAAAUACUACAUUGUUCCUGUUAUAGCUGCAGAAGCCAUUAUCUGACAAUUCAUUGCACAAAAACUUCAAAGGAGCAAUGAGAGAUAAUUUGUGUUUGAUCCAAGCGAAAGAAGAUAAAAAAAAAAGAAAGAUGCAUGAUAACUUCCUUUAAAGGUAAGUGUUGCAAGAAAAAAAAACGCAAUGAAGUUUAGAGAAAGUAUGAUAACAAAAAUACAAAAAUGCUACUAACAUAAGCCCUUAUUCAAUAAAGGAUGUUAAAAGAGUAUGGAGCCAAUUUUCGAAUGGUAGGUAUUAUAUUUCAAUAUCUGUCACUUAAUCUGUUUUAGAUGUACCAUACUUGGGCUGGCACAUUUUAGCUGGAUUUAAACUUCUAAAACCGUUGUUAAUAUGGGCAACCUAUGAAAUACUUUUUCGACAAGAACACAUGAACGGGUAACUGCAAGCCAUUCAAAAUGCAUACAACGACAAUCAUAAAUAGCUUGGUAAUUUUAUUUCUUCAAUUUCAAAUUCCUAAACCUAAAAUGAUGAAAAUCUAUUUAUAUGUUA